UCUGUAACAAAACCAACGCGAAGUUCAUUCACGACAGUUGGAGGCCUCAUUCCUCAAUUUCUCUUUCCCCUUUUCUCUCUCUCAAUCGCCGCCGUGAAAAUCCGAUCACCUCAUCGGAAAAUUCUGCAGCAAGGAAGGAUAUAUUCUGCGGGAGAAUGUCUUCUGGAUUCUCCGGCGCUGCGCCGGAUGUAUUUGCCGCCGGCGGGAGAUCUACAGGUAGUAAUUUUGAUGUUAAUUUUAAUCCUCAGCAGCAACAACAGCAGUUUGCGAUUCGACCGCCGCUCUCAGGAGUUCUGCCGGAGACGUAUGCUCAGAUCCGGCGGCCGGAUUUCGUCGGGAAGAGAUCGGCGACGGAGUUUCAGCAGAAUCGGGUAGGGCUAGGGUACUAUCAUCGGAACGUGAAGGCGAGGUCUAAUUACCUGCAUACAUCUCCUAUUUCGCCGCUCUCUCCGGUGGAUAUCUCUCCUGUUCCGUCCGGUUCGACGGAGGUUUCCUCGAUUUCGAAUCCUUUGGUUCCACGGUACGGUACUUCUGUUAAUCGCCAAAUUCCGGUGCAGCGUAGUGUUGAGAACACGCAAAAUUGUUCGGGAGAUUUGGUUGUUGAAUCUGAGAAGAAGGUGAUGAUGAUGAAUCAUCGGUUACAAGAGCUGGAAAAGGUUCUUCUAGGAGAUGAAGAGGAGGCAGAGGAAGCAAUUUCUGCUGUUAGCAACAACGACUUGUCGGACACGAUUCAGGAUCUGCUCGGACCUGUACGGCCGCCGGUUUCUCCAUCUCCGACGUCUUCGUCUUCAUCGUGUUCUUCUACUUCAGCUUCUCCUCCAAUUUGCGCGAAACAAUCCUUCAUAGACGCAGCCGCCACUAUUUCCGACGGUAAACCGGAAGCCGCCGUGGAAAUCAUCACGCGCCUCCAGCAGAUUGCUAAUCAGAGAGGCAGUCCAGAGCAGAGGCUCACGGCUUACCUAGUUUCCGCCCUCAAAUCGCGCGUGAACCUCACGUCGAAUCCUUUCUCUCCGUCGGAGCUUUACAGCAAGGAACAAACGCUGGCGAUCCAUAUGUUGUACGACGUCUCGCCGUGCUUCAAGCUCGCUUUCAUGGCGGCUAAUUUAUCUAUCCUCGAAACCGCAUCCGACCGCGGCUUCAGCCAGAUUCACGUCCUCGAUUUCGACAUCGGACAAGGCCGACAGUACGUCCAUUUGCUCCACGCGCUGUCGAGCAAGGCGUCCGCCGGCAAACGCGCCGCCGCGCUGAAGGUAACCGCCUUAGGCGAUUUUUCAUCUUUUAGCGAAGAGAAUACGAGAAUCGUCGGAGAUCACCUCAAAUCACUCGCCGCCAAAAUCGGCGUACAGUUCAAUUUUUCCGUCAGGAAAUUCGCCAUUUCCGAUGUAAAUCUCGACAAAUUAGGUGUCCUCCCCGGCGAAACCCUCGCCGUCAACCUCGCCUUCAAAUUGCACAUGCUGCCGGACGAGAGCGUGACGACGGAGAACCGCCGCGACGAGCUGCUCCGCCGCGUGAAAAGCCUUUCUCCGGCGGUGGUUACGGUGGUGGAGCAGGACAUCAACGCCAACACGGCUCCUCUAACCGUCCGUGUUCGAGAAGCCUACGCGCACUACGGCGCGUUGUUUGACUCGCUGGACGCCACGGCUUCUCGAGAUAACGUGGACCGGGUUCGGAUCGAAUCCGCGCUGGGCCGGAAACUCGGCAACUCGGUGGCCUGCGAGGGCCGGGACCGGGUAGAAAGAUGCGAGGUGUACGGAAAGUGGGCGGCCCGGAUGCGCAUGGCCGGGUUCGACCCGGUUCAGAUAAGCCAAACGGUCGCCGACUCGCUCCGAGUUAAGUUGAAUUCAGGGACACGUGGCAACCCGGGAUUCACCGUCAGCGAGCAAUCUGGAGGCGUUGGAUUUGGUUGGAUGGGACGAAUCCUGACCGUCGCAUCUGCUUGGCGUUGAUUACGGUUUCAUUGUUUUUUUUUUUUUUUAAAGCGAUUCAUUAAUUAAAAACGUGACUAGGUUUUAACAACUGCUGUGUACUUGUGUUAUAGUGUGCUUUUCGUUUUGUUGUCGAAAAUAUUUAAAAAUUACCACAGGAAAAAUAAUUAAUAAACCACUGUUCGAUUUUAAUUUAUUUUAAUUAUUUU